GUCUUCUUUCUUUCUUUCUUUCUUUCUUAUUUGAACAAUAAUUCUGUAAUUGCUGCAGGCGUCUUCGGUCUUUGUAUAUGAACCCCUUUUAUUCUUCAAGUCCCUUGCCAACUCUUCACCAACCCGUCUCUUGUGUGACAUCCUCCCUUGCGCAUAUUGUUCCGUCCAUCUCCCUCCUCACCUUACAAAGCAAUGCGACGCUUCCUUUCUAGCUUAUGAAAGGGGGAGGAUUAUAACUAUAUAUAUACCAUAUACCGAUAUACAUCGCCAUUUAUAUCAUUGCAGGUUCUUUCCCGCGGUACUUGCUGUCUAUAUCUGUUCACUGCCACUUCCCUUCUCCCCAUUUCCAAUGGCCGCCUCCACUCUCACAACUACCGGGAUGAUCGAUCCUACCAAGCAAGCCGAGUACCCCAUUAUUCUGGGAGAUCGAUUGGCUGGCAAGAUUGACGAUACUCGCUCGCAGUUGAUUAAUAUCAACUAUAACUACAAAACCAAGGCUGCGACCGCCCAGCAACGAUCCGUUAUCACCAGAUCCGCACAAUCUCGGGAUCACUACAACCUCACCAUCACCGACAAAGCCCCGAACGCGGAGCAGAGUGUUCUGACCUACGCCUACCAGGGCAGUGUCGAUCCCAACCAAAGUGUAUCGGAAUCAGAAGAUCAUAAUCUGGUUCUGGUAUUCGACUCGAAUAAAAAGGUUUUCGUCUUGGAACCGGUCGCAUCCCAGCUUAACUUCAACCUCCGUUCGGCUCCUGCAAAAACACAAAAACAGGCAAGGCAGCAAUAUGCUCAGCUGAGAACCUUACACGAGGAUGACCCUACCUCUGGGGAUGAUCGGGUAUCGGACCACGCCAGCGCCAGCUACGAUGGCCCCGCUGACGACGACAACCCGUACGACUACCGCCAUUUCCUUCCGAAGGCCAAGGCCAGCCUUGACGACGACAAGUUGGCUUCAGGCAACGUGACCCCAGAGCCAUAUCCCAACCCAAGCAAGGCUAAUACCCCAUUGAUCACUGCGGCCAAACCUACGCCAAGUCCCAGACCUCACCCAAGAACCCAGACCAACCCUCUCCGCCAGAAGAACCCGACAACCGAUCCUUCACGACAGAAAAAUACAGCAAAGGCGCAACCGAAAGCGAAACCUUCCACGGAUCUAUCAGAAAAACAAGGGGGGAGGAAGACUACGGAGAGGAGGGAGAGAUACGAUGAGGGCGCAGACGAGAUCGUCUUUGAGUCCUACAAAUCAUCACCUUCGGAAACCGGAACGGGCGCAGUGUCGUCGCAAAAGACCGUUCCAUCACCCGGGUCGAAUAUCAUUAUUGAUGGAGAUCUUAUUAUCGACAUGGGUUCGCCGCCUCCUACUCGCCCCGCCUUCAAAGUUAACCCUGCUCAUUUCUCCUCAAACAAUACCCCCGCAAACGGCGACGAGGACGAGGAUGAAGACGAGGAUGAGGAUAUUGAAGCUCUUCGACUCCCAUCCCCUGUCCCCACCACUCAACGGCCUGGGCCUAGUUCCACUGUGCAGGGCGACGUGAACGAACUGGAGGAGGAGGAAGAGGAGGAAGAGGACGACGACGAUGCGCUAGCGGCAGAGAUGGAGGCAGCAUUUGAAGAGAGCGUGCGGGAAGAGGAGGCGCGAAGUCAACAAUCCAUGCCGCCAAUCUCGUCACACCAUUAUGUACCAAGUGAUGAUGAAAGUGAGGUUAGCGAGGAAGAGUAACUAGCCUCUUAUGUUCAGACUUUAUCGUGUCAACUUCCUUGGAUUUGGCUGAUUGAGCGAUUUUAAAACAAUACCUGUAACUAACUAUCAAAGCUUUCAAUCUCUAUAUAAGCAUUGGGAAUUGGCCGGCGUUUGUGGAGCGAAAGAAAACAACAAUGAUACCACCUGAUCAAUCAUGUUCCAGAGAUCUAUUCAUGUCCCCAUUGUUUAUUUACAGCAGGAAUUACACUCUCAAUUGAAUAUUAAAAUAAAAAUAC